AGGUCAUUUAUGGCGCUCCUUUGGAAGAUGCAGACCAAAAUCAAAUCGAUAUUUGGCUAGCUGAUCUUCGUCAGCAUGAACAAAAACUAAAGCAGAAGCGAAACGAACUCUCCUCCAUCUACCAGCUGCCUGAUGAAAUAUUCCUUCAGAUCUUCCUCGAAUAUCGCAACAUGUCCGAUACUAUCUCCUGGACCUGUAUCACUCAUGUUUGCCGUCGAUGGAGGGCUAUUUCCGUCAGUUGGCCCCCAUUGUGGUCACGCAUUGCAUUCACCUCUGCUGGAUGGGUACAAGCUUCGUUCGAGCGAAGUUUCAAUUCCCUGAUCUCGAUUACCGUUCCCCCAGAAUGCAGAGCACCAACUGUCUCACGCACAAUACUGUCCGAAUUGCAUCGUGUGCAAAGUCUCCACAUCAGUUGCGGCGACUCUGGACUCGACAGUGGUCGGUAUGUCGCCCGGGUUUCGUUGUCCGCUCUAAGUGCACCUGUCCUUGACACUCUCGCCUUGGAGCGAGACCGAACCCUUCCUGGUUCGGACCCUAUCGCCUUGAACGAUACGUUCCUCUCCGCAGGAACACCCAAGUUACGGCGCGUCCGCCUUCAAGGCUGGAGUCUACCAUGGACCUCACCCAUCCUAAGAAACCUGACAUCAUUAACACUCGUCACCCCGCCGCUCCCCCGUCCGGCUUCCCUCUCGCAGGCAGCCCUUUCAACUAGCCUUUCCAAAUUCCUAGACCUUCUGGAAAGUAACCCUGGCCUUCGCCAGCUCACCGUUUCGGCGCCUCUUCCACAAACAUGGGCGAUUGGGGGGAAACAUGUCGCACUGCGUCACCUGGAGAGCUUCACCUUCAAUGCUUCCUUUUCUCACCACACCGCCCUUUUCAACCACAUCUCCUUACCCCAGUGCACCACUAUCCAUUUGAGCUUCAAUCCACCACAUUCGGAGGCAAUCACCGGCUUGGAAGACUUGAAGACCAUCGUCCAUGACCUUGCGGCAUCCCUUUCCUGUGCAUGGGCGAAGACUCCGCUCAAAUCAUGUACGGCUGACGACGAGGACGGUACCGCAAACACAGGUCCGACUCAUCUUGCAGUCUUCACCACCAGGGACGACCUGGAUGCCCUCGAUCGGAGCGGGAUCGAAGUCGUCUUUAACGAGGAAGAGGCCUGGAAACCUGACAGUGACAGUCGGGAACUACGCCUCGAGUUCAUCCCGCCCUUUGCCCACCUCCUCACCCAUCUCCUUUCAACCCCUCUCCUUAAGUCCGUCGAGCAUCUUUGUACAACCAGAAUAGACAACUCCACGCUCUCGCAGCUAGAUGCAACUCAGCCGCGCCUGAAGAGCCUCGCAUUACCAUGUCUGUAUCUGUGGGAACUCCUCGACUACGCUCUCCCUAAACCUGCCUGCCUGCCGUCCCUUCAGAAAAUGAAAAUUCUCGACCCUGCCAAUCCACCUUUUCGUCGCCCUUGGCAAAACAAAGGCGAGGCGACGCUGGAGCAGGCAUUUGACGAUUUCAUGAAGCCUCGGAAAGUGACGGGCAAAGGUGUUGCAGACCCAACGCUUCGCCCUCAAGGGGAAGAUUUGGAAGGGCUGAAAAGUCAAGACCGCACCGUCGAUACUAAUGGUAUCCGGACUAAGAGGUCGAGGGAGGACGAUAGCCCGUUUGUACAACUCGCCUACGCUGGACCUCACACCGUCUCUUUGCGUACAGCUUCACUCGAGCAUCCCAGUCCCCCCGUUUCUCGAAUGCCUUCAGAAAUCCUUUCCAAAAUUCUCAUAGCGUAUAGAGAUGAGAUCUUCGAUCCUACCGUCUGGAUCCCAGCAUGCCUUCAACUCUGUGCCCGCUGGAGGCAUGUCGCCAUCGGCACCCCGCAGCUCUGGUCGACCAUCGUCUUCAACCUCUCCGCAGUGGAGAUCAAAACCUUCCUCGAGAGGUCAAAGGGCACGCCCCUGACAAUCUACGUCCCAUUUGGAAUGCGCGACCAUCUCCGACCUCUCGUUCUCAAAAUCCUGGGCGAGCACGAGCGCAUCGCAAGCUUGACCAUUUUCGGCACUGGUCCACGCAUGCUGCAAUCCAGCCUUCGCGUCUUGGCAAACAAGUCCGCCCCCCUCCUCCAAGAGCUCGUCCUCGACGGCUCGGUCUUCUUCGACGGCAUCCCAGACACGCUUUUGUCGGGCGGCACGCCCAACUUGCGCCGCGUCGAUCUAUCCGGGUUCACUCCGAGAUGGACGUCCCCUAUCCUUCAUUCCAACCUCACGAGCCUCUGCAUCGAGGAGUGUCCCUAUGAUCGAGACCCAUACCUCCCCCUCCCCGAAGCGUCAGAAUUCUUGGAAGCGUUUGCGAGGAUGCCCAACUUGCGACAGCUCAAGCUAUAUACCACAUUCCCCGAAGAAGUAGACCUUUGGGAUCUGGGCGAGGAAACUGUUGUCCCGCUUCUCCACCUGGAGGAGAUAUCGUUGAGGUGCAAAUCACUUGUCCAGUGCGCAGCUCUUCUCGAGCAUUUCAAAGUUGGCGACGCGCAGAUCCACCUGCAACUCGACGCUUUCCUUGGACAAGAGGAGCAGGCGUUUGCUGGAUUCGACGCGGCCAUCUCUGAAUUCCAUUCGGUGUUCCCUGUCACCAGCUGUAAUCCCCGCUUGAAAAGCCCAGCGAUGAAGCCCAUCGUCUCCCUCCAGAUUCUGAUGGCGCCGGGAAUGAGCCAUCGCUGGCCCCGCAAGACCGUCAGAGGAUGGCCCACAGAAAUCGACUUCGCCGCUAUGCUCCCCACCCCACGCCAAAACCGCCCACAAGACUGGGAGAAAACUAUCAUACCCCCAUGUCCCUGGUCCAUUGGGUUUGAGGACGAAGGAAAUGAUGGAGCAAAAUUCUGUGUCGGCCUGCUUCAUGAGGACGAUUUCUUGACCUCUUUUUACAAAGACCUUCGCUGUUUGGAGCUCGACGUCGACUUGAAGCCAUCGGAUUUCGAAGAGCUGGCCGAGGUCGUAGCUAUUACACUGAGGUCGCUUGUUCUCUCCCAACUCAGUGCUCCACCUUUCAUGCGUUUCGUCGUAACCGAGGGUGGGAUUCAAGAGCCGGACGCUGAGAUGGUCGAGUUGGUCAAGGAGGCCAUCGAGAGGGUCUCCGUGGCCACAGAUGCAACUGGAGUGAUCGCAGGCAACGAUUCCAGCACAACCAAGUGGUGCAUCCACUAUUUCACCAACCUUGAACACCUCUCACUCGAUGGAGUCACCUUCAACCCGGCGCCAUAUGAAUACCCUGCUUCCAUUCUCCCUGAGAACCAAGGUCAACGUUCCGUCUCCUUCGAGGGCUUCAUCCACUUCUUGAUCUUUCGCUCCGUGGCGGGUUAUGGGAUUCGGACGCUGAGGCUCGGCCAUUGUUACAACCUCGGCGAGGCGGAGGUGGGCAGGUUGAAGAAGGUAGUCGGAAGCGUCGAGUGGGAUGGUUAUAAAGAGACAAGGUGCGUAGAGGACAAUACUCGAAGGACUUCAGAAGAGUCCGACGACGAUGAGGAGGAGUUUGAAGACGACGGUUCCGAGGAGGAUUGGGAUGAAAGCCGAGUGGUCGAGCCCAACUUCCAAGUUCAGGCUGAGGGGCGCUCCCUGGCGCUCCCCGUACUUACUCUCGCCCAACACUCGGAUCGGAUCAACCCUGCUUUGAUCGGGAUGUUCAUGCCUCCCACGCUCAUUUCAGUCGAGUCACGGUCACGGUACGCAGAGCGCGCCGACAUCGACGCCCAAAUUCAACAACUAAAGUCCCAGAUCCUCGGCCUUCAAUCAAGACGAAACAGGCUUUCACCAAUUGCCCGCCUACCACCAGAGUUAUUGUGCAGAAUCUUCCUCUGUUACCGCGACUCUGUCACCGGAACCAAAACUGAACAAAAUCGUCAAGAAUACCGUCUCUCCCUGAUAUGGAUACGGGUGACUCAUGUUUGUCGGGAAUGGAGGUCAAUUGCCCUGGGUUGCGCCCAACUCUGGAGCAAUAUUGCCUUCUACCCGUGCCGUUGGCCCGCGGCCUUUCUCGAGAGGUCGAAGCAAGCGCCUUUAUCAAUACGCAUAUCGGCCUUUUGGCGGGUUUUCGAAUCCCCCAUUUACGACAUGGUCAAGUCCACUCUAGCCAACACUAGCCGGCUCAAGAGCCUUCACCUCGGAGAGUAUUUCGAAAUGGCGGACGAAGAUGAGUCGCUUUCGCUGACACGGGUCUUGUGUUCCACCUCCGCGCCCAUUCUCGAGUCGCUUACUCUCACCAACAUUUCCCGCCCUACGAUGCUUCCACCGCACUUCUUAGAGGGCGGUGCACCCAACCUUCGCUACCUGAACCUCGCGGAAUCGCGCUUACCAUGGGAUUCGUCGCUAUUCAGAAGCUUGACCACCCUCAUCAUAGAAUCCAGCGAAUUCACGGAAGAAAGUAUUCCCCUCCCAAGUCCCACCGAAAUCCUUUCUGCAUUGGCGUCUAUCCCUGAACUUCGCCGCCUCGAACUCGUCAUACCCUUGCCGGCUCUCGACACAUUUUCGGGGCACAGACCAAUUCAUCUUCGCCGGCUCGAAAUACUGCGAUUGGGUGGAAGAACCUUGGACGGAUGUGUGGGGCUGCUUCAGUGUUUGCGACUUCCAAGCUCAGCGGCACUGGCAUUCUCAUUUGAGCGUUCACGUUUCGGCGCCCAAAUGCUGGAGGCUGUUCCGGCCUUCCAUCCUGCCAUCACCUCUGCUUGGCUCUCAGAUUCUGUCCAUCCCGACGACCAUGCAGCGUCCCCUCGUUCUCUGCGGGCCAUUUUCAUCGAACGCUCGUUCUCCUCCGUGGCGAUCCAGGCAUGGCAGGGUGCUAUCGACUUCGGCGAUUCGAAUUGCAAUGGCGCCAACAAUCCUCCAACACCUUCGAUAGUGUGGCGACUCCCCCGCAAUGGCGAAAUCCUUAAUCUCCUUCUGCAAACCCCGUUGUUCACCACGGUGGACUCUGUCCGUUGCGAUCACGACAGGAGGGACGAAACGAUGCUACGCAUCGGAGAGCUACCAUCUCUGAAAUCUUUAUCCAUUUCUGGGGCGGCAGCCUUUGAAUCAUUCCUUAAAGUAGUCAAUUUCGACGUCAGCCAUUCAGAGAUUAGUUAUUUCCGAUCUCUGGAAUACCUCUCGCUCGAGGGUGUCAAGUUCGGCUAUUCGUGGGCGUUGGAGGAAGGGCAUAUGAGAUCCAUAGACAUCCCUACGGAUGCUCUUCUGGACUUCUUGAUGUUGCGGUAUGAACUGGGAGGGGAGAUUCGGAAGCUGAGACUCAAAAAAUGCAGGAGUCUGUGGAAGCAGGACGUGGAUCGGCUGAAGCAAGUUAUAGUUGACAUUGAUUGGGAUGAAGACUCUCGCUGA